AUGUAUUCAAUCUAUUCUGUUGCAGUUAAGCCUUGCAUCAGGGUGAGCAAUGGCAAAUGCCCCUCUCGAAAAUCAAUUAUUGCAAGAGCUGAAGUCACUGUGGCUCCCCAGCACAGGACCACACGCAUUUUCCCUUUGUUGUCAAAGGAUGGCAUUCCUCUUGCUGAUUUACAUGUACAGGAAAUUAUAGAAAGGCAGUCUCAGAAUAACAUCUUGGCCAGGGAAGAUCCUUGUAAAAAGCCACGGUUCCACCCUACGUUUCUUGAAGAAUCAUACGAAAAGUGCAGGAACAUUUGUGCAGAAUAUGCCAAGACCUUCUAUCUAGGAACUUUGCUAACGACCGAGGAACGACAGAAAGCCAUAUGGGCAAUAUAUGUCUGGUGCAGGAGAACAGAUGAAUUGGUCGAUGGCACUAAUGCUGGUUAUCUAAGCUCUGCUGCUCUUGAUAGGUGGAAAGAGAGACUGCAAGAAAUUUUCGAUGGACGCCCUUAUGAUAUUCUCGAUGCUGCAUUAACUGAUACAGUUUUCAAGUUCCCUCUGGACAUCAAGGUGGUUAGAAUGUGA